GCGGCACACGAUUACAUUUCUGCCCUCUUAUUUACAAUUACAAUUGUUCUUGUAUAAUAUUUGAAAACGCUGCGCCAGCUGUCAUCUCCGUCGUGGAAUACAAAUAUGUAAAUGUUUAUUUUGAGCGAUGUUUGUGAGUCAUUCUAGCUUGGGUAUCUGUGCACGCGUCAUCCAUCCGGCGGUGUAACAACAUCAUGAGGCCGGACGAGUACAAGCAGCGGCGCAGCGUUGAGUACAGGCGGCGCCAGGGAGGCCGACCACCGGGGGACGGGGCGCCACCUGCGGCCGUCAGGGGACAGCGCAGGGGGGGCGGCGGCCCCCAUCACCCAGGGAGGCCAUGGGACCCCCAGGAUCAGGGACCCGGAGCCCAUCACCAAGGGAGGCCCUGGGACCCCCAGGGUCGAGGUGCGGGACCCCAUCACCCAGGGAGGCCAUGGGACCCCCAGGAUCAGGGACCCGGAGCCCAUCACCAAGGGAGGCCCUGGGACCCCCAGGGUCGAGGUGCGGGACCCCAGCGGCCAGGGAGGCCAUGGGGCCCAGGGCAGCGAGGGAGGAUGAGAGCGGGGGCGGGGAGGGCGCGAGGGUGGAGGGGAGGCCACUCGCAGCAGUAUGGCAGGGACGAGUCGGCUGGAUUUGGGGCUAAUGAGGAGGGAGCGGAUGAAGAUGUGUGCACGAGAUAUGAGGAGGAAGAGGAGCGGCGCUUCUCCCGACGGAAGAUUGUCAGUAAUUGGGAUCGCUAUGGGGGCGGCCAGGAGCCAGCCGCUGGAGGGGGGAAGGAGGGUCCCGUGCUGGAAGAGGAGUCUCAGGCCCCACGUGGCUCCGACUUCUCUGAGCUCCUCAGCUCAGCUGGCGAUUCCUUUGCCCAGUUCCGCUUCACCGAUGAGAGGGAGUGGGAGGCAGAAUCGCUGGAGCGGCGCCAGAUGGACGCUCUCUCCAUUGACUGCGAGGCCAUUGCCCUGGCUCUUCAUGGACUACCGCGUCACUUGAGACUCAACAUCGAACCGGAGAUAAUCCUGGAUGUGAUCCCCAAGGAUAUUGGGAAAGUUCCAACAUGGUCAGUGCCUAAACUAGACUUUAAGCAACCUACGGUUCACAAGCUGGCCUUCACUGCUCCCAGCCCUGCCACCACCACCACCGCCGCCGCCGCCGCCUCUACCACCACCACCACUCUCAUUGCCUCCAAGAUUGUUUCCCCUGCCACUACUACCAACAUUCACUCACGAGACACGUCAGGGUCCGGCACAGACGCACACCAAACGGACUCCGCUAGCCUGCAUUUAGUCACCGAGGCAAAGAGCAGAGGCCCUUCAACUCCAAAGGAGCCAGAUGGUGGUGGCGUUGGAAGGAGCGUUUUGGCGAACGUGGAGGUCGUGCCAGACGUGCUGGAUGAAGAGCUGGACUUCCUGCUCUCACUCGACAAGGCAGCAGCACCGCAGCCGCCCUCUGUGCCUGCGGAACACUCCCCAGAGAGCGCGCCGGGCGGUGAGGAGGAGCCGGCUGGUGUGGCCAGCGCAGCAGCUGGACUGGACAACCUCGCUGGUGCCGAGUCAGAUUUAACUGACACCGCUGCCAAUGAUGCGGGCAGCGGGCUCGGCAACGACCAGGCUGCGGAAGAGAUGGGCGCACCACCAAAGGAGGAGGCAGAAACACAAGUGCCCACCUCAACUGAUGACCUGGAAGACUGGCUGGACAGCAUGAUUGCGUGACAAGUGUCGGGAAGGCAACGGUGUGCAGUUCGAAUAGAGAGUAUGGGCGCUAUGAAGAUCUGGAGGAAUUGUGACCAGUGCACGAACGGGGUUCAAUCCAAGAAGUGUCGUCGGACAUUGUGACUGACUGCGUUCGGUGGUUGAAGGCAUAUUCUCUACUGUCUUUGUGUGUUGUUCAUGAACUAAGCAAUAGCUUCUCAUAAUUGUGAAAUAAACUUGAGUGUGGCAGCAAAUGGUGGCAAUUUUUGCUCUGUCGGGAAACACCCUCCUGAGUGGGCCUUAAGUUAUUGCUCUGCUUGAGAUGUUUCUGGCAAUUCCUUAUUUUGAGGGUUCGGACUGAUGUUCCUUUAGUUUAAAAAGUGAGCAACCUUGUGCCAACCGUACUUGCUAUUGAGCCAGCUUGCGCAGAUGAUGGCUCAUUUCCCAGAUUUUCUUUGACAAUUCGUGCUUAAAUAAAUAUGAACCCACCCGCAUGGCAAUGUGGUGGCCUAUUGUGAAACAGUACAGCAAGUAUGUUUCUGUGGUUCAACUAUUUCCCCCUGGCAUGUAUGUUGAAUUGCUCCAGACAUUAAAGUGUCCCGAUUGAAUGUGUGACUAAAACCAAGUGUACCUCUGUGAAGUCAGUACAUGGGGAAUCACAUGUCACAUUGUCACACUGAGGACGUUGACAAGGUUCUUGUUGGUGGACAGCUUUUGCAUUAGUUUAAUCCAUUAUAGUUGUAGCACUAAAGGUGACGUAUGCUGAUGUUUGGUCUGACAUGUCUCAAUUGAACUGAUGGAUACAUUAGAAGGGCGCACUCAUUACACACAACGUGCUUGUCACAUGAACCACGAUACCUUGGUGAUCUCGUCAAGGAGCAUAAACCAUCAUCACGCACUCUGGUCACCCUCGCAGCGGCUUUUGGCUGCUGGCCAUCGAACAAAGACGGUCGCUCGCUGCAUCGCGCGCUUUCAGAGGCGCUUCUGCGGCCGUCUGGAACGCUCUUCCGAUAUGAGGAAGCCAUUGGAGCCAUGCACUUUUAAAUAAUUUCGAUUGAAAACGUAAUUUAUUUAGAACUGCUUUUCGUGUUUAGUUUGUCCUCCGAAUAGCACGGUUGGCUACGUAUGGUGCGAAAGAAGUUCAACACUUAUACAUACAGUGGACUUUCUCACAGUCUCGUCCAAGUUGAAUAAGAUGCGCAUGAACGCUUUAAAACGAGUACUUCAUAUAUUUAAAGUUCACGUGGUAGUGGAGAAGUAGAAGUGUAGGCAACAUAAAGAGCAGGCGGAACGUUUGCUACCAAGUUUUAACGGAGAUGUCGGAACAAAUUAGUGUGUGUUGAACUGUACAGUAUGUUGAACUUAUUUCGUACCAUGCGGUGGAAAGGCGACUAAGCAGUUAUAAAUAAACGAGUUUUCAGUCGAGAUUUCCAAUCUAGAUUUAGCUUAAAAUGGGAAUCGCUUCGGAAGCUAAACAAAUUGCGAGUUCUCACUGAGAAUAUGGGGCCCAGUGGGCGAGCCGUCUCCCAUUUGCUUGCUAUUCAGCGCUCGAAAUGUAUUUCCCUCCCCCCACUUUCAAGCAGGUCGGGUCGAGGAUUGUUUUCAAACUCGGAGCACCGCAACAUGCCGAUGUUCUCAUUAGGAAUUCUCAGUUGCAACGCGGAGAGUGGUUUGAUUGUUUUGUUGUAAGAAAAGCACGGGCGGAGGCUCGGAAGCCUUACCAACCGACGCUACGUUGUGGAUUCGCUCUCUCGUCUUCUUCUUUUCCAAUCCGAUUGCAUGCGCGUUGAACCCCUUUGUGUCGAGACGGGGGUACACGCGAGGUGCGCACAUGUUAUUGUAACAACGAAACCGUGUGCGUGGUCACGUUGAUGAUCCAAUGACACUGUCGAACGUGGUGCAAUCAUCCGCAUUGACGGCUGUGAGGCCAGUUCUGGAAAUUCCACAUUCCCAUGGCAGAGAUCAUGCUCUACAGGAAAGUACUUAAUUUCCUUUGUGGCAUCAGUGACAAUGAUGGGUUAGACCCCCUGAAUGGGUUUUACGCUCAUGUCUUAAUUGUGAACCUCAGGCCCCCAGCGGGUCAGACAUGGGACGUUCUACCCUGUAUUGUGUAACUGGCAGCGGUUGCCAUUUAUUUACUCUGCGGUUACUUAAACUUUGACCGUUCUUCACAACAGCCGCUGACAUUGUGGAGACAAGGAAAGCGAGCGCUCACACGUGCCGAGAACAAUUUACUCGACUCUAGCAGGAAAGCGCAUUGGCCCAGCGAUCGCACUGUUUGGUGGCAGCAACUGCGGUGGCUGCACAAGUCGUAAAUAUUGGGCGUCGAAUUUGGAAGAAAAAAAAUACCGAAAAUUACGUUCUUUCGUUAAUCCACUGCUGGAUACGGGGCCAUCCCCACAUUGCAUAAAGAUGGACCCACCUUUAUGGUUCUGGGAGAUGUUUAACCAUACCACCCAAUCAGGGCAGGAUGGUGAAGGGUGAGCAUAAACAGCUUAGUAUUAGAUUUUGAUGAACUGCCCUCUGCUGUCCACAACGCUCGUCCAUUAAUCAUAACAUGAGAGAAAGUUUCACUGGCUGUAUUCCUGCCUGCCUGGAUUCCCGCCUGCUUGGCUGGCUUCCUGCCUGCCUGGCUAUAAUCAUGCCUGCCUGGCUAGAUUCAUGUCUGCCUGGCGAGAUUCAUGCCUGCCUGGCUAGAUUCCUGCCUGCCUGGCUAGAUUCAUGCCUGCCUGGCUAGAUUCCUGCCUGCCUGGUUUCGUGGCCCUUGGCCAAGUGGUUCACGUCACCAGCAUCCC